AUGUCGGAAGCGAUCGACGAUGAAAUCUUCGAGUUGAAGCUGCAGAAAAGCCGUUGUAAAUCGGCUUUUACGAAGACAAAAAACAAACUUUUGAGUGCCGUUUCGAUAGAGGAAGAGUUAGAAAAAGAGGAAAUAAGAACACUUGAACAGGAAUUUGAUAAAACUCAAGAAGAUGUGUCUCAGAUAUUUGAGAAACUGUGCGUUCUGUACAAAGGAAAAAAGGACAAUGGAAACCUGGAAAAAACACAAAAAGAAAUGGAAAUUAAUGAGGCGGAGUACAGCAAAACAUAUGAAACUGUUCAAAAUUUGGUAGAAAAAUCCAUCUUGAGUGACAGUGAUGCUGGAUCAGUUCACGAAGAUCCAAAGGAGGACACAAAACUAGGAAAUGAUAUGUGGAGACAAAUGAAACGCGUGUCCAUUCCAGUGUUUAAUGGGGACAAAAAGAAGUAUCAAGCCUGGUUUGCUGCGUUCAGUGCUUGCAUUCAUAAUGCACCUGCAACAAAGGAAUAUAAACUGUUGCAGCUGAGACAGUAUAUAUCCGGAUCGGCAUUGAAAGCAGUGGAAGAUCUCGGACAUUCCGCAGCUGCAUAUGACGCAGCAUUGGAGCGCUUGGAGAGAAAGUUUGGUGGAGAACGGCGGCAAGUGGCAAGGUACUUGGAAGAGCUGGAGAAGUUCACUCCGAUGAAAGAGGAAAAUGUAAGAUCUAUUGAAAAACUUGCAGACUUGGUUGAUUUAACAGUGGUGAAUCUGACUGAUGCCAAAAGACUUGAGGAUUUAAAAGACGGUGCACUUUACAUUCGCAUUCAAAAGAAACUGCCCGAGAACAUGCUAACACGCUAUCACCGCUACAUCCAUGUAAAUAGUGAAGAAGAAUCAGUAAUCGCGCUUCGUAAGUGGCUCCUUCAAGAAGCAGAAUUUCAUACGCGAGCCGCAGAAACUGUGUAUGGAAUGGCGUACGGACAUAGUGCUGAGAGACAAUGUGCUGAAAGACAUGGCGCUGAAAAACAGUACGGUAAGCAAAGACCACAGCAUCGUUCUUUUGUCACACGGAAUAAAGAAACAUGUGUCUUUUGCAAUAGUGACGGUCAUGUGAUCUGGAAAUGCUCCAGGUUCAAAUCCCUUCCGGUGAAUCGAAGAUGGGAAAUCGCAAAAGAAGCUAGGCUAUGUUUCCGUUGUCUGGGAGACGACCAUCAUGGGGGUGAAUGCAAGUGGGACAGGCGUUGCGGGAUAAACGGGUGUCCCAAAAAUCACAACAGACUGCUACAUGCAGACAGCAGGCCCGCCCAGAAGAACAACCAGAAUGAGGCUGCCGGCUUUCAAAGAACAGCAAUGACAUAUACCAGUAUAUUCGUGUCAAGAAAAGACAGUACGCCAGAAAAGAGGUAUAUUGCUCUUAGAACUGUCCCUGUGAUUGUUAAGCAUGGAGGGAGACACAUGCAAAUAAACGCGUUACUUGACGAUGGUAGCACAAAGACCUAUAUCAACGAAGAUGUCGCGUGUGAGCUCGGUGUACAGGGUCGCGCAUCGGAAAUGACCGUAAAUGUUCUAAAUGGAAUCUCGGACACAUUCCAAACAAUGCCUGUUAGUGUAGGGCUGGAAAGUUUGAAUGGUCAUGUGAACAUGAAUGUUGAUGCAAAUACGACAAGAAAUGUGACUGGAACAUUAAAAACAAUAAACUGGAAUGAAGAAGGACAGAAUUACCCUCAUUUGCAUGGAAUAAAGUUUCCUUGCAUUAAGAAUGACAAAGUGGACAUGCUAAUAGGUAGUGACUACGCGCAGCUACAUUAUUCCUUACAUGAAAUUAAAGGUGCCCCGAAUGAACCGAUAGCUCGACUGACACCUUUAGGAUGGACAUGUGUUGGUCCAUACUCUAGUUCUGGAGAGAAUAACACUUUCAACACCUUUUUCCAGAGUGACAUAGAGUUGAACAAUACACUGAAGCAGUUUUGA